AUUUUAAGUUUUACAAUAUCGAAACUGUCCGUAAAAGAUAUGGAAUCAUUGAAAUAUAUGGAAUUAGAAAAGGAAGUCUCGUUAAACGAAGGCACCAUUGUGGCCAUUGCCGGUGACGACUUCGUUGUGAUUGCGGCGGAUACUCAAAUACACAGCAAUGACUUCAUACCCAUGUGCAGGCAGGACAAGAUCUUCAAAGUGUCACCAUUGGUGGUUAUGUCCUGCACUGGUUCCUGGCCGGACACCUGCGCAGUGAUCCGUCUGAUGAGGACGACCGUGUCCGACUACGAGGGAACUCAUCGGCGCCCCAUGAGUAUCGAUGCCAUGUCCCAGAUGCUCUCAAACAACAUGUACAAAAGUCGGUCCUCGCCCUACUCCAUAUCCACUAUUCUGGCCGGAAUUGACAAGGAGGGCAAGGGUGUUGUUCUUUCGUUCGACUCCCUUGGUCAUUACGAGCAGAUGAAUUACCAAUCUGUCGGCACAGCCAGCGCCAUGGUGCUGCCAAUUCUGGAUAGCCAUCUUGGGCCCAAAAACCAGAGCCAGGAAACCCCCACUGAGAGGAUCGAGGUGUCCGAGGCGGUGUCUAUUGUCUCUAGCUGCAUGGUCAUUGCCGGCGAACACGACAGCUACAGCAGUGACUCUUGGCUUCUAAAGAUCAUUAACAAUGAUGGCAUCGAGGUCAGAAAACCACCUCUGCACCAAGAGUAAAUUUGGCAAACCAAUCGUGUAUA